AUGGUUUAUCUAGGCCUCUCAGGUAAAGGCCUGUUGGUAGCCAUUACCUGCUCCUCAGGAAUGGGCUUCAUCAUCUUCGGAUAUGAUGACGGAGUAAUUGGUGGCUUACUCACAGCGACCGCAUUCAAAGAAACUUUCAAUCUCAGUUCCUCGAUGGAAGGCACAGUGACAGCACUUUUCGUGAUCGGCUGCCUAGUUGGAUGUCUAUGCACAAGUUUCAGUGGCGGACGCUGGGGUCGAUUACAGAUAGCCCAGGUCGGAUCUGCUGUCCUCAGCAUCGGCGCUAUCAUUCAAGCAUCUAGCUACACAGUAGCUCAGCUGAUAGUUGGUCGAAUGGUCGCUGGGCUGGGACUUGGUUUAAUCACCAGUAAUAUAGCUGUGUGGCAGUCUGAAACUUCAUCAAGAGAGAUCAGAGGUACACUGGUCGCCAUUUCUCUGAGCUUUCUCAUCUUGGGACAGGUAUUGGCGUAUUGGAUUGAUUAUGCCAUGUCGCAGUAUAUCACGACGGUAUCUUGGAGGUUUCCAAUGGCUUUCCAGGCAUUUCUUGGGAUUCUGCUUAAUGUCAUGCUAUUCUUUAUGCCUGAGUCUCCUCGAUGGCUCUUUCAGCAUGACCGGCACCAGGAAGGAAUUGAAGUUCUUCGUCGCCUGCGAUCUUCAAAUGGUCAAGUGGAUGAAGUGGCUUUGGCCACUACCGUGGCAGAGAUUCAAGAUGCUCUGGCACUCGAAAGCGAACAAAAAGGCUGGAUGGAUCUUCUCCGAGAUGACCAUAUCCGCUCCCGUCGGCGAGUUGCUUUGGCCUGUCUCUUGAAUGCCUGUCAGGCCUGGAGCGGAAGUACACCGAUUAGUUAUUACACUACCGUCAUCUUUGAGGACUCCGUGGGUUUUGGUCAACAUUUUGCUUUGUUGAUGUCUGGGUUUCUCCAAAUCUGGUUUCUUAUCGCUUCGUUUGGCACUUGGUAUAGCAUUGAAAAAUUCGGACGCCGACGGUCCUUCAUCAUCUCUGCCAUCGGUAUGGCCGCUGUCAUGGCGAUCAUGGCGGCUAUGUUGGCAAUCGAUACACAAGUUUCCGGGAUUGUUGCCGCAGUCAUGCUGUUUGCCUACCAAUCUUUCUUUACCUGGGGUUUUAUGGGUGGUAUUUGGUGUUACGGCCCGGAGAUUUUACCUCUCGCCCAUCGGUCGAAGGGGGUCGGUCUGGCCAACGCAUUUCUUUGGCUGUCAACAUUUGUGGUAAUCGAAGUGGUUCCCGUGGCAAUUGACAACAUUGGGUGGCGAACAUACAUCAUCUUCGCAUCUUUUAAUCUCGCGUUUGUCCCAAUGAUAUAUUUCUUGUAUCCGGAGACUGCAGGCUUCAGUCUGGAGGCGGUGGAUCUGACAUUCAUGGAUCCAAACACUUCCCCGGUGAAAAAAGCAGAUGAACUUUGGAAGCUGAUCCGCCAAGGUCAUGAUGUGACUUUGACCAACCAGGUCAAUCAGAAGAAAGACGAUGACCGGGUAGACCAUGUUGAGGUCGCGUGA